CAAUAUAAGGAAAAAAGUGGAAAUAGGAGAGGAAAAAAAGCGGAAAUACCAGUGAGUGCAGCUGAAGAGCUCAAUGGGAGCUGCUGACAAAUCCUUCACCCGUCGGCUCAGACGAGAAGACUGUAAACGCACAAAACAUGAUUCCUCCUUCUCCCACUGGAAGAUUCUGGUUGGGCCUAAUGAUUGGGAGGAUUAUUUAUUGGGAAAGGAAGGAACAGAGAGAUAUAGGACUCAGAACCUGCCAAACUGCACCUCCUGCUCUGGAGUUUAUGAACUGGGAAUAGCUGUGUCACGACGAAAAGCUGGGCGAGAGGCUACCAGACUUGACCCUGAUUAUAUUGUUCCUGUAUAUGUUGGAAAAUCGAAUAAUGUUAGAACUAGACUGCAGCAAUAUGGACGUGUAGGUGCUCAUUUAGAGAAUGACUAUUCCAAUAGCGAGCUGCACGCUGGUGAAAUAAUAUCUGGUCCAAAGAGAGCUGGAUUAUUUACAGAAACAUUUUCAAGAGGCUUCUCUAUUGUUUAUAGGUGGGCACCUAUGAAUGACAAUAAAGAUGCGGAGAGAACUGAAGCCCAGCUGCUCGACAAAUUUGAUUAUGCUUGGAAUAAAGGUACUAAUGGUGUACGUCGCCACAAUGAUGUCCUCCGCAAGCUUGAUGGCAUUUCAAGAAAAACUCAUCUUCCUGCUUUCAUCAGGAAGCUUCAAUUGUCCCUUGAGAAACAAAAGGGGGUCAGAAUCAAAGCGUGUGAGCCCCUUUUAUUGGAGAAUGGAUCUGGUUUUCAUGAUAGCUUCAAAAGCACCAACUUCCUUCCCCAAAUUUUGAAAUUUGGGCGAUCACAGCCUAGGAUAGUUUCAGUGAAUGUUGGUGUAAAUGGUGAUCCAAAUAUUAUUUGUGGUGUGGCUUUAGGUCAUGGAUCUGUUUGUAUAAGGCCUCCAAAAACAGGAAAUAAAAGAUGUGCUGAGCACAAGGGAAUGAAGGUAAACAGUGUAAAGUCAAAGUUGAUUGCAGAAGGAAAUGGGAGCACAAGGCCAUGUGUGAGUAUAGAUGAGGAAAAUGCUCCAAUUUGUGGUUUUAUCUUGGAUAGUGGUGCUCCUUGUGCAAGAAUACCAUUCCAGAGAAACAAAAGGUGUAUGGAGCACAAGGGACGGAGAAAUCGAGGCUCCACUUCUCAGCCAACGACGUACAAAAUUGGCCAGUGGACUCACAAUCCUAUACUAGAAAACAGGACUUCUUCUAGUAAUGAUUGUCAGCAUAUCUUAUCUAGCAAAGCGGGUAGACAAGACUCUCAAGAUUUCUCCAGUUCUCUUAUCCACCAGAACUACAAUGUCAUAUGUGGAGUUCAUUUAAAUGAUGGUAGUUUCUGCACCAGCCAACCUGCAGUAGGAAGAAAGCGGUGUGAAGGACAUAAGUGUAUGAGGGUUAAAGAGCCCAUUUCUAGCAAUUAGGAGUUGAAAUACCAAGUUUAUUUGCAGGUCAAGUUGCCAAAAUUAGCAGAGGAAUAUAGACAUUACAUCAUUCAACCGUUUCUCCAACUUGUGGAACUACAUUGCAUAAUGGUUCUUUUUGCAGAAGGUAACCUUCGGAAGGUAAUAAAAGAUGUUCGCAGCACAAAGGAAGGAAGAACUGAAUAAGCACUCCACAACCUGCAUAAUGUAGUUUCAUCAGUCGUGGCACCCUUACGCAGUGGUUCAUACUGUAAAAGGUCACUGCACCGAAGGAUCCAAUAUAGCGGUCAAUGAAACUGGAAUGAGGCCCAUAAAACUCCAGGGUAUGAAGCUCAGCAGAGGGUGGAUGCAUGCACCUAAUGGAAUAGAUGGGUUUCCACAGGCUGUCUUAGACACAACCAAUUUGAAGUUGGUGUUGGCAUCUUAAAAGCAUGAAGGAGUUGUUUCAGAUGUUUCAACUGACGUAAGAUAUUAGCAGGUCGCAUAAUAUGUGAGGACAGCAAGUCUUCAAAUUUGUCAUCCAUGUGUGCUUCAAAUAAAAAUUAUGGGAAAUCUUCUAGUUACUAGUAUGAGUAUAUUUACAAACGUAGUUUGCCGUGUGGCUUUGCUUUUCUGAAGACUAAUUGUCCCUACGAUUUGGUAGUGCUUAACAACUUGAGGUUUGCUGUUGUGAGAUGAAGAAGUCAGACUGAUUGAUGUCAGUGUCUGUAAUCUAAUAAAUCUAUACAGUUCAUAGCACUUCAUUCCUGUUCCUUCUCUUGUUUCCGUGAACUUGUUUCGAGACUUGAAUAAGGAAGGUUGAAUAUUUAUUAUUUUACA